GGGGGGGUGUGCUGUGCUUUGGGACUCUCUCGCUCGCUGUGUUUGCUGUGGGACAUCGCAUCCUUCAUCUUUACUUUGCGCCUGCUGCUGCUUACUCUCCUUUCUCGCGAUAGUUUGUUUGUUUGUUUGUUGUUCAGUCCCUGCAGACGCACUUUACGCAGCCGUGGCGGGACACAACGCCCUCAGGUAGGAGUCACGGCGGAAGAAGGUGGCUUCCCGUAAGGGAAAGCUCGUGAGGUUUAGAACAGAUAGCGUCGCACAGGGGCCGCGAUGGCUACUUCUAGGGCCGGGCCCGCUCCCACAGCUCACAAGGCUGCGUCAUCGUCCAACGUCUCCCGGCAGCAGCAGCAGCAGCAUCACCAGCAGCAGCAGCAUAACAGCAACAACACCAGCAGCGGUAGUGGCGGCAACAACAACAACAGCGUGAGCAUCAACAACAGCAGCAGCAGCAUCAACAACAAUACCAACAACAAUUCGCAAGAUUGGAAAGCACAACUCAAGCUACCACCUCCAGAUGCUCGAUACAAGACUGAGGAUGUAACUGCCACGAAGGGCAAUGAAUUCGAAGACUACUUCCUCAAGCGAGAGCUCUUGAUGGGUAUCUAUGAGAAAGGGUUUGAGCGACCUUCUCCUAUUCAAGAAGAAAGCAUUCCCAUUGCAUUGACAGGGAGUGACAUUCUUGCUCGCGCAAAGAAUGGUACAGGGAAAACUGCAGCCUUUUGUAUUCCUGCUAUUGAGAAAAUUGACCAGAAUAAGAAUGCUGUUCAAGUUUUGCUUUUAGUACCUACAAGGGAACUAGCGUUGCAAACCUCUCAAGUAUGCAAAGAGUUGGCUAAACAUUUGAACAUACAAAUUAUGGUAACCACUGGAGGCACCAGCCUUCGUGAUGACAUUAUGCGCCUGUAUCAGCCAGUACACCUGCUGGUAGGCACACCUGGUCGUGUCCUAGAUCUUGCCAACAAAGGAGUAUGCAAUCUCAAAGAAUGUACAAUGUUGGUGAUGGACGAAGCUGAUAAACUUCUAUCGCCAGAGUUCCAGCCUCUUGUUGAGCAGUUGAUCGGUUUCCUGCCUGAGAACCGCCAAAUUCUGUUGUAUUCUGCUACGUUUCCAGUUACAGUGAAGUCCUUCAAAGAUAGAUUCUUGCGGAAGCCGUACGUUAUCAAUCUUAUGGAUGAACUCACUUUGAAGGGUAUUACGCAGUACUAUGCAUUUGUGGAAGAGAGGCAGAAAGUUCACUGUUUGAACACAUUGUUUUCCAAGCUGCAAAUCAACCAAUCUAUCAUAUUCUGCAAUUCAGUGAACCGAGUGGAAUUGCUUGCCAAGAAGAUCACUGAACUUGGAUAUUCUUGUUUCUACAUCCAUGCUAAGAUGUUACAGUCUCAUCGUAACAGAGUGUUUCACGAUUUUAGGAACGGAGCCUGCCGAAAUCUCGUCUCUUCAGAUCUGUUCACAAGAGGAAUUGACAUUCAGGCCGUAAACGUUGUCAUCAAUUUUGACUUCCCAAAGAAUUCUGAGACGUAUCUUCACAGAGUUGGUCGUUCGGGGAGGUUUGGUCAUCUGGGGUUGGCGGUGAACCUUAUCACCUACGAAGACAGGUUUAACUUGUAUCGUAUUGAACAAGAGCUUGGCACAGAGAUCAAACCAAUCCCACCCCAAAUCGACCGCGGCAUUUAUUGUCGUUAACUACAUUCAAUGGAUCAAAAAUCUCUGAGAUAAAUGUUCGUAUGGUUCAUCUCAACGGUCCGAGAAUGUGUCUUCAUUCCAUUCAAGGUCCACCACAAGUGGUAGCAGAAUGUCUUAACGUGCUUAAAAUGAGUUUGAAGGGGCUGGCUUACGCAACUUUUAAUACGGUGUCAGGAUCUCCCUGCGAGAUUCCUGGGCAAUAUUUAACCAGAACGAGCAUUCUAAUCUGAGGAUGAGAUGGGUGGAAUUGUGUCCGCAGCGCUGUUCAUAUCUUUAGAUUGCUUGGUUGUGACAUUUUCCGCAGCGCCAUCUCACCGUAGUUUGUAAAGCUCAAGAGUUGGGGUGCCAUCAUUUGAGUGGUCAUGGUUUGUUCUGAAGUCUGUCCGGUUUGAUCGUAAAUCCUCUCCUGCAUUCAGCUGGAACGUGGGUUUACGUAUUUUUGUAUGGAUCAUAGAACUCAUUUCAUGGUUGAAUUUGUAGGUUUUAGAUGACUUUCGGGAUCUCAGUUUAUUCCUGUCUUGGAAAUUCUGUAUUCUUUGACUUUAUAUAAGUUUAAGAACGCAGAGUCGAAUUACUAUGUGUCGGCACACGGAAUUUCGACGCUUCUCAGAUUUUA